AUGAGCUCUAAGCCUCCUAGACAAGAUCCAGUUGAAAAGAAGUUCCUAGAGCUACUCCUUGACAAUGACUAUUCUCAAGAAACUAUUUUGAAGAUGUCUCAAAUGUCUAGGGAGCAAAAAUUAGAAUUUAUCGAAGGUGACCAGAUUGCAGAAACAAAUACACCGGAUCCGACUUAUUUUUUCGAAAAAAUCAAGAAAAGUCUAUCAGAUGAAAACGUAAGAGCUCUCAAAACAAUCUUAACGACUUGCAAAAUUUCUUGGAUUCGGUUAUUUCUUAUGCAUGAUGGUUUAAAGUUCUUAUUCCAAUUACUCACAGACUUUGGAGAUGAAUGUAUGAUAAAUAAGCUUGCUCAAAAGCGUUUUCUCGUUCUCCAGGAAAUUAUUCAACGUAUACGAAUAUUGGCCAAUGUUAGAAUCUGCCGACCCCACUUUGCUGCACAUCCAGAGUUUAUUGCACCAAUGCUUUCCGUGAUUUAUCCUCAAGAAGUUGUAUUGACUACAGCAUUUUAG